CUAGGCUUCUCCACAUAUACCCAUCUGCCAAACUAAUCUCUCUCUCUUUUCGCUCUCCUAAGCUUUAUUUUUAGCUGCUCCCCGCCGUCCGGCGUCGCGACCUCGUUGUCUGGUUAAAGCGGUAGCUCCGUCCAGCUACCCACCUUGUCGGCCGCUCCGGCGCGACUUGGGCCUUUCUGGGCUUCUCAGGUCCCCCUCGCCUCCUCCUAGCUCCUCUUAGCUCUCUCAUCCGGCCCGGUACAUACCUCCUUAACUCGUUAGUUUUCUUAGUCGCAGCAGGAAAAAGCAGCAGCCAUGGGGUUCAAGGGCACGAAGGCAGAGAAGAAGCAGGCGUACGACAAGAAGGUGUCGCUGAUGCUGGAGGAGUUCUCCAAGGCGCUCGUGUGCAAGGCGGACAACGUGGGGUCCAAGCAGAUGCAGAGCAUCCGCAGCGGCUUGAGGCCGGACUCGGUGGUCCUCAUGGGGAAGAACACGCUGCUGAAGCGCACCAUCCGCAUGUACUGCGAGCGCUCCGGCAACACCUCGUGGAACGGCGUGCUGCCGCUGCUGGUGGGCAACGUGGGUCUCAUCUUCACCAAGGGCGACCUCAAGGAGGUCCGCGAGGAGGUCGCCAAGUACAAGGUCGGCGCGCCUGCGCGUGUGGGUCUGGUUGCCCCCAUCGAUGUCGUGGUGCCACCUGGCAACACCGGACUGGAUCCCUCGCAGACUAACUUCUUCCAGGUGCUCAACAUCCCCACCAAGAUUAACAAGGGAACGGUCGAAAUCGUGGCGCCCGUGGAGCUGAUCAAGGCGGGCGAGAAGGUCGGGUCGUCCGAGGCCGCGCUGCUGGCGAAGCUCGGCAUCCGCCCGUUCUCGUACGGGCUCGUCGUGGACCAGGUGUUCGACGACGGCUCCACCUUCCACCCGUCAGUGCUCGACAUGUCGGAGGACGAUCUCCUCGGCCACUUCUCCUCGGGUGUGGCCAACGUGGCGGCCGUCUCUCUGGGCGCCGACUUCCCCACGCUGGCCGCUGUGCCGCACGUCUUUGCCAACUCGUACAAGAACGUCAUCGCUGUUGCUCUCGCUCUGGACGACUACUCCUUCCCCCUGGCCGACAAGGUCAAGGAGAUCCUUGCGGAUCCGUCCAAGUUCAUGGUGGCAGCGGUGGCCGCAGCCCCGGCAGCAGCAGCGGAGGCUGCCAAGGAGGAGGCGAAGCCGGCAGAGGAGGAGAAGGAGGAGUCCGAUGACGACAUGGGCUUCAGCCUCUUCGACUAAAUGCACUUCACCGUAGUCAUGGGCUUCAGCCUCUUCGACUAGAUGCUCUGCACCGUAGUUGUGUUGUGGGCUUUCAGUCCGGCUUUUUCGACUAGAUGCACUGCACCGCAGUCAUGGGCUUCAGCUUCUUUGACUGGAUGCAGAGCAUCAGCCUCUUGGGAUGAAAAUGGAGUGUGGAGAGGGAGGAUCAGUUUUAUCUGAACCCAUGUGCACUGUACUUGUUGCAGUUAUUUGAUGGAUGGUUUACUUGUAUCAUCACGAGUUCGUUGAGGAAGAUGCUGAGAUGGUGCAAAGCUUACGGGCGUGGUGCUAUUGCAAGUACCAAUGUGUGCAACAUGACGGUUAUCACUCAGUCAUUCUGUUUCAUAUUCCGAC